GUUUCUUACAAUUACGGAAUUGCCAUAAGAUAAUCCUACUUCUCUUGUUAAUUUUGCAAUUCGUUGUGUGACAAUUGUUUUGGACAUAGAUCGCGCGAUAAGGACGUCGGCACAUUGUUUCGCCGGAUCGUCUGCUUGGAGACGAUGGCCAUGGACGCUGUUGAAGCUCCGGUUCCACCCCUUCAGAAUAGCCAUUCCAGCCAGUCGCGCCAUUUUUAUCUUGCAGUAGAUAGGCUACAGUUCAAGAUGGAAACUUUGAAGGAUUUGCUGGGUUUGGUGGGCCGGCGUCCACGCCUGCCCAUUGUAGUCUGUUGCAGUACUCGCGAUGAGCUUGACUCUGUCUGCUCCACCUUUUCCAGCCUCCCCUUUAUAUCUUUGUCAGUCUUGUAUAGUGACCUUGCUGAAGCAGAACGUGCUCUUAUCUUAGAGAAAUUUCAGCAAGUGACUGCAAGGUGGAACCAGGUAUACCAUGUUGGAACAGAAAAUGAGGAUGAGGAUGGGAAAGAUGAGCAAAGGUCUCAUAUGAUAGUUGUAACCGAUGCAUGUCUUCCUGUCCUUGCUUCUGGGGAAUCUCCAGUAUCUGGCCAUCUUCUGAUUAACUAUGAACUGCCAACAAAGAAGGAAACAUAUAUGAGGCGCAUGGCAACUUGUUUGGCAGCUGAUGGAGUUGUCAUCAAUAUGGUCGUUGGUGGUGAAGUGGUAACUCUCAAAAGCAUUGAAGAAAGCAGUGGUAUUGGCAUACAAGAGAUGCCCAUGCAGAUUCUUGAUAUUUUGUGA